UGUAGACGGGGGAAAUAUCCGAAGGUGUCCGAAACUGUUUAUCGACAAGUAUUUUCAGGUUCAAAAUGUAUAUUUUGAUGUAAAUAUUCAUCCGUUUGGAAAUAGCAUCAUAGAAACAUGGGCGAGAAAACAGCCCCUGCCUCACAGCUUCGCUUAGAAUGGGUUUAUGGUUACAGAGGACAUCAAUGUCGCAACAAUCUUUUCAUAACCGGUAGCAAAGAUAUCGUUUAUUUUGUAGCCGGUGUUGGCAUAGUUUAUAACCCUAGAGAAAAUAAACAGCGUUUCUUUCUUGGACAUGAUGAUGACAUUUUAUGCCUAACACUUCACCCUGACAAAUCCCUGAUUGCAACUGGACAGACUGGUAAAUCUCCUUACAUUUGCAUCUGGGAUAGCAUCUCUCUUAAUACCUGCUCCAUUUUAAAAGGAGGACAUACCCAUGGAGUUGGAGCUGUUUCCUUUGAUAAGGAUGGGAAUAGACUGGUGUCAGUUGGCAUUGAUCCUCAAGCAACAAUCUGUGUUUGGGACUGGAAAAAGGGCAAAGUCAUUGCUACAGUCAGAGGUCACACAGACAGGGUAUUUGAUGUUAAGUUCAAUCCAUAUCAAGACAAUGUGAUUGUAAGCUGUGGUGUGAAACAUAUCAAGUUUUGGUCUCUUUGUGGAAAUGCUCUUUCAGCUAAAAAGGGUAUUUUCGGCAAGGAAGGGGAGAUCCAGACGAUAUUGUGUGUUAGUUUUGGUCCUAGUGAUAUCACAUACUCUGGUACAUUGGGUGGGGAUGUGUACAUCUGGAGAGGAAAUAAACUUGACAGAGUUAUCCAAGCUGCACAUAAGGGUGCUAUAUACUCCAUGGACAUGUCAGAGGAGGGUUACAGUACAGGAAGUAAAGACGGAACCGCUAAACUCUGGGAUGGAGACUUCAAACCUAUAACCACUGUGAACCUUGUCACAGCUAAAGAUGGUUAUAAAGGUCUUUGUGUUAGAAGUGUGUGUUGGCGUGGAGAAAAGGUUCUGAUAGGAACUCAGGACAGUGAGAUAUUUGAAGUAGGAGCCCAUGAUAGGGACAAACCUCGCUGUUUGGUUCAGGGUCAUGCUGAAGGAGAGUUAUGGGCCUUGGCAGUGCAUCCUCGUAAACCAGUGUUUGCCACAGGAAGUGAUGACCAAACACUCAGGCUUUGGAGUAUGAACAGUUUUGAGAUACUUUCAAAGACAACACUAGAUCAGAAGAUCCGCUCUUGUGCCUUUGACAAUGAUGGUGGACAGCUAGCUGUUGGCAUGAUGGAUGGAUCUUUCUUUGUGCUCAAAUCUAGGGAUUUAUCAGAAGUGAUACAUAUUAAAGACAGAAAGGAGGUGAUACAUGAACUUAAAUUUUCUCCCUGUGGUAAAUUCCUGGCAGUCGGCUCAAAUGACAACUUUGUAGAUAUAUAUUCCGUAGAACAGAGAUAUAAACGUGUCGGAACGUGCUCGGGCAGCUCAAGCUUUAUCACACAUCUUGAUUGGUCUGAAGACAGCAAAUACAUACAGACGAACAGUGGAGCUGCAGAGAGACUUGUCUUUAAAAUGCCAGCUGGAAAACAAGCCACCAAUAAAGAUGAACUGAGUGCUAUACAUUGGGCAACAUUUACUGGAGUGUUGGGUCAAGAGGUGAAUGGAAUCUGGGAGAAGUAUACAGACACCAAUGAUGUGAAUGCAGUAGACUCUUACUUUGAUGGAGAGACUGUUGUCACUGGAGAUGACUUUGGUCUUGUCAAACUCUUCAAAUUUCCUUGCUUGAAAAAGGGUGCGAAGUUUCGGAAAUAUGUUGGUCACUCAGCCCAUGUGACCAAUGUCAGAUUUUCCCAUGAUAAACAACGUGUGAUAUCAACUGGAGGUGGAGACCAUGCUGUUUUCCAAUGGAAAUUCCUACCGGAGGGUCACUCAGAGAAUGAUAUGUCCGAUCCACAACAUGGCUUUGUAGACUCCAACAGUGAAGAGAGUGACUCUGACCUGAGUGAUGUCGGAGCUCUAGACAGUGAUCUAGAACAAGAAAAACAGGUGUCAUACCAGCGAGCCGUGUACCGUGAAGAUGCCGUCAAGAUGAAGAAACUGAUGAAAGAAGAACUUGGUGCUGGAAAGAAGAGGAAAUGUGCUCCGGCGGACAGUCUUAAGUUGGAGUUUGUACAUGGUUACCGAGGCUAUGACUGUCGGAACAACCUGUUUUACAUGCAGUCCGGUGAGAUUGUGUACCAUGUUGCUGCAGUAGGCAUAUUAUACAGUAGGGAGAAAAAUACUCAACGAUUUUAUCUCGAACAUACAGAUGAUAUACUAUGUCUCUCUAUACAUCCUCUCAAAGAUCUGAUAGCAACUGGACAGGUUGGGAGAGAUCCAUCAGUACAUGUGUGGGAUGCCGAGACAUUGAAAUCUGUGUCAGUACUCAAAGGUCAUCAUGAGAGGGGAGUGUGUGCGGUUGACUUCUCAGGUGAUGGAAAGAAACUUGUAUCUGUUGGCCUUGAUGAUAACCAUUCCAUUGUGGUAUGGGAUUGGAGAAAGGGAGAGAAACUAGCCACUACAAGGGGUCACAAAGAUAAGAUAUUUGUUGUGAAAUGGAAUCCUUUUGAUGCAAACAAGCUUAUCACAGUCGGUGUGAAACAUAUCAAAUUCUGGACGCAGGCAGGUGGAGGUUUUACAUCCAGCCGAGGAACUUUUGGAAAGAUCGCCAAGAACUGUGAUAUGUUGUGUAUAGCUUUUGGAAAAACUGAAGACGUAACAUAUUCCGGUGGCAGUGAUGGUAAUGUGUUUGUCUGGGCUGGAACUAAUUUACAGAAAAUUGUCAAAGCUCAUGAGGGACCGUUGUUUGCUAUGCACUCACUUGAUAAGGGGUUUGUGACGGGUGGAAAGGAUGGUGUAAUUGGCUUGUGGGAUGACCAGUUUGAGAGAUGCCUGAAGAAUUACCACAUAAAACAAGAGAACCUGUCCCCACAGUCACGGGGUCGACUCCUCACGGACUCACCAGCCGUACGUGCCAUAGUGUUAGGACAUGGGAAGAUAUUAGUGGGAACUAGAAAUGGAGAAAUUUUAGAAGUGGAUAAAGCUGGACCAAUUACACUUCUUACACAAGGUCAUUUAGAUGGAGAAGUAUGGGGUUUGUCCGUUCACCCGAUCAAAGAUUUCUGUGUGACAACCAGCGAUGAUAAAACAUUAAGAGUUUGGGAUAUCUCAGACAGCCACAAAAUGGUGAACUUUAAAAUACUCAAACAGGGAGCUAGAUGUGUAGAUUUCUCACCUGAUGGGAAAUUCCUGGCUGUCGGUCUUAGAGAUGGGAGUUUUACAGUGUUGAAUUCAGACACAAUGGAAGAAAUUAUCUCCUUACACCACAGGAAAGAGGAAAUUGCUGACAUCAAAUUUUCUCCGGACACAGGAAAAUAUUUGGCAGUAGCGUCACAUGACAACUUUGUUGAUAUAUACAAUGUUCUAGGCAAGAAACGAGUGGGUACAUGUAAAGGGGCUUCAAGCUAUAUAACCCACAUAGACUGGGAUAAACAGGGCAAAGUCAUAAUGUUGAAUUCUGGAGCCAAGGAGCAGCUGUUCUUUGAAGCACCAAGAGGGAGAAGGAUUACUUUGAGGAAUCAGGAAAUUGAGAAGUUUGCUUGGCAUUCCUGGACGUCGGUUCUGGGUGUGACGUGUGAGGGUCUGUGGCCACCAAAAUGUGAUGUAACAGACAUAAACGCUACUUGUGCCUCAAGUGAUAUGUCAGUGAUUGCUACAGCUGAUGAUUUUGGAUUUAUGAAACUCUUUAAUUACCCAGCUAAGGGGAAGUUUGCCAAAUACAAGAAAUAUGUGGGUCACAGUGCCCACGUAACAAACUGUAGAUUUUCUAAUGGAGAUAAGAAACUGGUAACUACAGGCGGAGCAGACACAUCUGUCAUGGUAUGGAACCAUAUUUCCGCUGCAAAUCGUACAACUGCAUCUGGCGAAAGUGAUGAGUCAGACACUGAUUCUGAGGAAGAGGGAGGUUAUGACAGUGAUGUGGAAAGAGAGAAGAACAUAGACUAUUCCAAGAAAAUUUACUUGAACCCCAUACAGGAAAAAGAAGGUGUGAGACCCCACCUACAAGAAAUAAAAGCUAUUGACAAGCCAAGUGUCAGUAGAAGUGCUCCUGAACCUCCUAAAGUGAAGAGAGCAGAAACACCAAUGACGUCUGGCGGGAAAAGAAGGAAAACUACGCAAGUCACUGAUCUCCAGUUAGAGUAUAUCCAUGGUUACCGUGGGUUUGAUGCACGGAACAACCUACACUAUGUUAAUGAUGGUGCAGACAUUGUCUUUCAUGCUGCUGGAGCAGGAAUUGUGAAGAACCUUGCCUCAGGAAGUCAAUCAUUCUAUUUGAAACAUACUGAUGACAUCAUUUGUCUUGCCAUCAACCAACAUCCAAAGUUUAAAAGUAUCGUAGCGACUGGACAAAUUGGCAAUCCGCCAAGUGUACAUAUCUGGAAUACUCUCACCAAAGAAACGUUAUCCAUUCUAAGGGGAGAGCACACUAAGGGUGUGUGUGCAGUGGAUUUCUCAUGCACAGGAAAAUACGUGGUCACAGUGGGUCUGGAAAAUAAUGUGACAGUUUGGAGAUGGCAGGAAGGUGCUUGCCUAGCUACUGUUGCAGCUCACAGCCAAAGAAUAUUCCGUGCAGAGUUCCGUCCAGACUCGGAUAGCCAGUUUGUUACUGUUGGUGUGAAACAUGUCAAGUUUUGGACAGUGGCUGGCAACCAGCUUGUUGGCAAACGUGCUAUACUCACUGAUGCUGGAACGGGAACUGAGAUAAAGAAAUUACAAACAAUGCUGUCGGUCGGAUUUGGUGCAAACAAUGUUACAUAUACUGGUGCAAUGAGUGGAGAUGUAUAUGUGUGGAAAGAUAACACACUUCUUAGACUGGUACAGAAGGCUCACAAUGGUCCCGUGUUCACAAUGUUCACUACGCUCAGAGACGGUCUUAUUGUGACAGGAGGAAAAGAAAUGCCAUCAAAGGAGAAUGGUCCAGUUAAACUGUGGGAUCAGGAGAUGAAGAGAUGUAGAGCAUUCCCAUUACAUGAUCAUGGCUCUAAAGCUGAUGUUGUCAAGUCUGUCUGUAGAAUUAAGGGUAAAAUUUUGGUGGGGACCAAAGACAAUGAUGUUAUUGAGAUUGGAGAGAAGAAUGGAGUUCUACAGGUUCUGGUUGGUGGCCAUGCUGAGGGUGAAGUCUGGGGUUUGGACCGACACCCAACUCUGCCUCAGUUUAUCACUGCAAGCUAUGAUGGUACUGUAAGAAUAUGGGAUAUUCCAAGUAAGGCAUUGGUUGCUAAGCUGUCUGUGGGUCAGGCAGUAUCAGUGGGCUUCAGUCCAGAUGGUGAAAUGAUUGCUGUAGGGCUCAAGAAUGGAGAAUUCCUCGUACUGAUGGCCAAGGGACUCAAAGUUUGGGGACGUCGCAGAGAUAGGGCUGGAUCUAUCAAUGAUAUUAGAUUUAGCCCAGAUGGUAAAUAUCUGGCAGUGGGAUCAGAAGAUUGCUGUGUAGAUUUCUAUGACAUCAGUAAGGGGCCGACACUACAGAGGUCAGGAUAUUGUAAAGGAAUUCCAAGUUUUGUUAUCCAGCUAGACUUCUCUGCUGAUAGUCAGUAUAUAAGGGUCAGCACAGGAGCGUAUGUCCAUCAAGUGUUUGCUGUGCCUGAAGGUAACUUAGUUGAGGAUGAGAAAAUCACCAGCAAGAUUACAUGGGCGACAUGGACCAGCGUGUUGGGUCAAGAGGUUGUGGGUAUCUGGCCAAAGGAUGCUGACAAAGCUGAUGUUAACUGUGCCCAUCUCUCACACCAUGGAACAGCACUCGCUACAGGAGAUGACUCGGGACUUGUCAAACUUUUUGACUUUCCAUGUACUGAGAGAUACGCACCCCAUAAAACAUUUGUUGGCCAUUCAGCACAUGUGACCAAUGUAAGAUUCACAGCGGAUGAUAAAUAUCUGGUGAGCACCGGAGGAGAUGAUUGUUGUGUGUUUGUAUGGAAGUGCCUAUAAAAGUCCUGAAAUUGGAGGAAAAAUUUAGUGAGCACAAAAAAGAACAGAAAUUCCAACAAAUAUAUAUGUGCAAGUCUUUAGGCCCCAGCUGUAGAUUAGGUUCAAAGAUGUUAAAAGACUUUAUAUUUGUAGAAGGACUGACUGUCGAAUGGAAGUUGGUUCUUUUACUAUAGAAUUUGUAUAUUGGAGUACUGAAUUGCUAAAUGCAGAAAGAUAAUACAAUAAAUGAUUUUGAAGAUCAGAUGGUCCACUGCACUCAGAUAUGACACAACAUUUCAGCAAAAUACUGCAUUGUAUAGAUCAUUACUUUGACCAUCACAGUACUGUAGACAGUUAUUUUAAUAUGUGAAAUGUUUCCGAAAGAAAUUAAUUACGGUACAGAUUUUUGUGCCACUUUGUUACCAGUAUUUUGUUAGUGUAUUUUCCAGUCACUUAUUUUAAAGAAAGGCAUAAAUUGUUUAUCAACUUAAAACAGUUGUUGACCCCUGCAAGAGGAUAAUUUGCCUGGUAAUUCCAGAUCUAUUUUUGCUCAAAAAGAUUCAUUUUAUAAGGGAAGUAUCCUCAUUUUGUAAUAGUUGAUCAUUUGAAAACAGUAUGUCACUGGCUUGUUGAAUACCUAUUAAAAUAUCUGUGGGACCAAUUAACUGUAAACUAGAUGUCUUUAUGAAUGCUUCUUGCUUAUUAAUUUAAUCAGCAAAAAUGCUAUAAUUAGAUAAGUAUGUAUUAAUAUAUCUUUGUACUUUAUUAAAAUUGUAUUUUCAUAUUAAAAUAUUUCAGAUCGGGACUUUUAGAGAUCUGAUUUGUGCGUAUUUAUACAUACUUUUAUACAAGUGUAUUUGUCUCAAAUUUUCCGUCCUUUAUUAAAAUACGUAUAUAAGUUUUACAGUAUAUUUUUUAACACAAAUAUUCCUUAACACCUCAUUAAUGAAUGUGUG